CACUAGCCAGCUCUCAGAUAACAACGGUAAGAUGUUACCUAUUGCAGUCUGUUCUGUUAUCUCACUAUCCUCUUCUAUGGAGCUAACGCCUUUGCAUACACUAGCUGGAGGCCAACCCGGAAGACCCUCGCCCCAAGUCCCUCCUUAUUAGGUACGACGAUGUCCGAAGCGCUAUGUACCGACACAGGACUUUGGCAUACAAGAAGAACUAUGAUGUUUCUUUGAGUGUGAAACUUUGGAUGGACACCAUUCGGAAAGAGGGUGGCAAAUCGCUAUUUGAUGAAGAUGUAGCAAAGCUCGAUGGCAAGAACUACAUGAUAGCCUGGUCUUCUUCAUUCCAAAUCAAGGUCAUGCAAGACAACGCAAACAUUGCUUGUAUGGAUUCGACGCACAAGGUUGUCAAGGAACUCAGGCCGUUAGAAGGAUCUGUCCAAUCCGGGUACUUGUUUACUCUUCUGGUGAAGGAUGUUCGCUCGCUCCAAGCGAUACCUAUCUCGUUCAUGAUCUCGAACACGGAAUCGCAGUAUGUCAACGCGAAUGGAGAUGCAUAAAAGACAAUGUUAGGUAUAAAGACUGACAGCGACUGCAUAACCACAGGUAUCCGAUCAUCGCAUGGCUCUCGUGGCUGAAGAGGGAGUGCAAC